AUGGGUCUGUCACCCCAGCUACUCAGAAGGCUGACGGAGGAGGAUCUAAAGUUGAAGUGCUACCUGGGCUACAGGCCCUUGACCGUCCUGGGAACCGCCUGGCCAGGAGUGCGCUCGGGUGCGAGGAGCGCACAGCUCUGGCUUGGAGAGCGUGUGGAGAGGCCUCCUUGCCCCUUGGAAGCAUUCUCGAGGACGCAAGGACCCGGGGCGCAGGAAGGCUCGUCUGGGGGUGUGAGUGGCAGCCGCUGCCGCGCCCUGGCCCUGUGCGCGGCACCAAGACAGUCUCCACCUCUUCUGGCAAGUUGGACAUCUGAGUGCGCGGCUCGGCUCUCCACCAUCUCCAUCCUGCCAGCCCGAGCGAGGCUGAGCGCCGAGGGGCACAGCACCCAGCCCACCCGCAUCUCCAAGGCCCGUGCCGCCCUGCACAUCCCGUUGGCGCCCAGCGGCCCUGCUAGCCCGAACGGGAUGCCAGUGGCCUUGCUCCCCUACGCGUGCGUCCUGGUACUCUUGGGAGCUCUGAACCUCAGCCUUCUCAUCUGUGAGCUGAGCUUGCAAACCCCACCCUCUGGCCAGGAUUACUGUGAGGUGCAGAGGGCAGCCCACGCCACUGAAGCAGCUGGGGCUGCAGGGAGCAGCCGCCUCCACUGGGAGCCCCGAUGCCAGCAGCCGGUGCCCAAUAGCGUGUCCAGCACUGCAGUCCUGCCCCCACACCUCAAUGGACUCUGGACCUCCACUGGCUGCGAGGUGCGCCCCGGACCAGAGUUCCUCACCCGCUCCUACACCUUCCAUCCCAGCCGCCUCUUCCGAGCCUACCAGUUCUACUACGGAGACCCCUCUUGCCGGGAACCCAUCCACUCCCUUCUCAUCAAGGGCAAAAUCCGCCUGCGCCGGGCCUCCUGGGUCACCCGGGGCGCCACUGAAGCCGAUUACCAUCUGCACAAGGUGGGCAUCAUCUUCCAUGGCCACCAUGCCCUGACGGACAUCGCCAGGCGCCUCAACCGGACCCGGGCUGGUCAGAAUUGCGCAGGACGGCUGCCCCCAGCUCGGGCCUGGCAGCCAGGGACACUGUAUGAGCUGCUGAGUCCCCAAGUGCAGGGUGACUGCAUGGCAGCGCUGGGCUUCAAUAUGCAUGAACUCAGUCUGCUGCGCCUACAGCGUCGCCUGCAGCCGCAGGCCGGGGUGGCCCCCCAGCUGGUUGAGGAGUUGUUCCUGGGGGAUGUCCAUACCGACUGGGCAGAGAGGCAACACUAUAGGCCCACUGGCUACCAGAGCCCACUGCAGAGUGUCCUGCACCACACCCGGCCCUGUUUGACCUGCACUCUCAUCGCCCGCUCAGAUGAGCACCACCCACCUGUGCUGCCUCCCCAGCCAGCCCUGCCACUGCGCCUGGGUGGCCACUGGAUCAGCGUGGGCUGCGAGGUGAGGCCAGCCGUGCUGUUCCUCACACGCCUCUUCACUUUCGAUGACCACAGCCGCUCCUGGGAAGGGCACUAUCACCACUUCUCGGACCCUGCCUGCCGCCAGCCCACCUUCACUGUGUAUGCAGUUGGCCAUUAUUCCAGGGGUACACCAUCCCCCAGGGUCCUUGGGGGCACAGAGCUGAUGUUUGAGGUCACACGGGCCCACGUGACCCCCAUGGACCAGGCCACCACAACCAUGCUCAACUUCUCCAAGCCAAGCAGCUGUGGGGGCCCAGGAGCCUGGUCUGUGGGCACUGAGAGGGAUGUGACCGCUACCAAUGGGUGCCUACCGCUGGGCAUCAGGCUCCCACACACAGAAUACGAACUGUUCAAAGUGGAGCAAGACCCCCGUGGGCAGAGCCUGCUUUUUAUUGGACAGAGGCCCACAGACGGGUCCAGUCCUGACACUCCCGAGAAGCGGCCCACCUCCUAUCAGGCACCCCUGGUGCUCUGCUCUCUGGCCACACCCCGAAGCCAGCCCUGUGCAAGUGCUUUGCCCUCCACUUUGUUCACAAGUUCCAACAAAUGA